UCCCCACUAGCAGCAAAGAGCCACAGCAGCCAAACGCUGGCAGCAAGGAGCUGAUCCCUGUAGCCUCACCCUCCUUCUCCCCCCCUCAGAAGUAAGAGCUGUCCCAGCCUGACAGCCUGCAGUGGGGCCCCAGCGCUCUGACAGCUGACACCGGGGGCAGAGGGGCUCUUGUUGACCAGAAGAGAGAUACAGAUUUUUAUUGCAGCCUCCAAGUCCGCACCAGCCAGCUGCGCACAGGCAUAGUCACUGGUCUGAGGUUGUCCUUAAGGAGUAUCGUAAAUGACAUCGGCAAGUGCCUGUGAAACGGAGGCCGGCUGCAGUUCUGACACCGUUCCUCAAAAUACAGUCCCACAUGUCUCCUGGAAUCCUGUGUAGAGUCCAGAGGACUGGAGGACAGUGAUCUCUCCUUGAAAGCGCCAGACUAUACAAACAGCGUUAUCUCCAGACUGUGGAUGUAGGCUCCCAGCGGUAUGGCUCUCUGGCUACUCCUGUCAGCCCUGGCGCUGGCCAGUCCAGGUGGCUGCAUCUCUGCAAGUAAAGACAGAGCAGGAUGGCCCCGAAUCACGGAGUGCGGCUCCACACAUACAGAAACGUACACCUGUCAUUGGAGCUAUGGCGAUUUCCACAACCUUACAGGACUGAUAAAGCUGCAAUACAAGAAAAGUGACACGGACUGGACUGACUGUCCCGACAAUGUUUCUGCUGGAGAGAAUAGCUGUUAUUUCACUGAAGAUCACACGUCUGUUAUGUCUGAUUAUUACAUCCGCCUCGUGGGUGCAAAUGUUACCUUUGAUGAACGCCGCUUCACAAGCAAUGAAACUGAUCAUCCUACUAUGAACCGACGAAAACCCCUAAGCUCCACGGUUGUCAAUACCAAACGGGCACUACAGAAGGAAGUGAAAAAGCCAUAUCUUCCUGGAUGGCCCAGUAUUACCCAGUGCCGCUCCCCACAGCAGGAAACAUUCACAUGCCAUUGGACUAAUGGUGGAUUUCACAACCUAUCACGACAGAUAAAGCUGCAGUAUAUAAAACUUGGUAUGAAUUGGACUGACUGUCCUGACAGUGUGUCUGCUGGAGAAAAUAGCUGCUAUUUCGAUAAAAAUCACACAUCUAUUUGGGUGGGAUAUAAAGUCCGACUUGUCAGUGAAAAUAUCACGUUUGAUGACUACUCGUUUACCGUUGAUGAAAUUGUGCGGCCAGAUCCCCCCAUCUCUCUAAACUGGACAGUUCUCAAUAUCAGUGAGACUCAGCUACAUAUGGACAUUCUGCUAUCCUGGGAGCCUCCAGCCUCAGCGGAUGUUAGGAGUGGAUGGAUCUCCCUGGAAUAUGAAGUGCAAAUAAAAGUAGCAAAUGAAACCGAAUGGAAACCGUAUGAUGUAGUACACAAAACGUAUUUACCGGUGUAUGGCCUAAAGACGGGAAAGGAAUAUUUGGUUAAAGUCCACUGCAGACAGAAGGGGAAUGAGAAAUUUGGAGAGUUUAGUGAUGUCAUAGUGAUCUCAGUUUUUACAUCAAUGGAUCAACAGUUUGUGUGGCCCCUGUUUAUUAUCAUUGGAUUGUUUUGCACUGUGCUGGUCUUGAGCUUUAUCCUAUUCUGUAAAAAGAAAAGAUUGAAGAUGUUGAUUCUUCCACCAGUUCCUGUUCCAAAGAUUAUAGGGAUUGACCCUGUUCUACUACAAAAAGGAAAACUGGAUGAAGUCAACUCUAUACUUGCCUGCCACGACAAUUAUAAGCAACAGCUGUGCAUUGACGACACGUGGGUUGAGUUUAUCGAGCUUGACCUUGACGAACAGGAUGAGAAGAAUGAAGGCGCUGAUACUGACCGACUUUUGGGAGAGGAAUUCCCUAAGUCCCAUAGCUGCCUAGGUGUAAAAGAUGACGACUCUGGCCGCGCCAGCUGUUGUGAACCUGAUAUUCCCGAAACCGAUUUCAGCAACAGUGACACGUGCGAUGGAACCUCAGAUACCGGUCAACCACAAAGUACAAAAGACAACCAAGCAGACCUUCUGUGCCUUAGUGAGAAGUCAAGUUAUGGAGGCUUGCCUACAAGCUCCCAAAUGCCAAAUACCGAAAAGAAGAGCACAAAACCAGAAGAUGAUGAAGUAUGUCCAUUACUCUUUAAUGGGACAGUAAAUGCGUGUUCUGCUAAGCAUCUAAGCAGCAAUGGUUCCAAGCCAGGUAUGGACUUCUAUGCUCUUGUAAGUGAUAUUACACCAGCAGGAAGACUUCUCCUCUCACCUGGUCAAAGGUUGAGGAUGGAAAGUGAAGAAUGCAGUGACCCCACCAUCCAUCAUCCCACAAACCUCAACACAGACAACCCUUAUGUCUGUGAGGCAGCGGUGUCGGCAUUCUGUGCUGUGAAUUUCCCUACAGAUGCCCCACGAAAUGUUCAACAGAGCCCGAAUGUUGACAACUACUUCAACCCAGAAAGCCUUAUAGCUGCCACAAUGAGAGCUCACGCUGCUGAGAAGCCUUCAAGCUAUGAGACGCCUGUGGCUGAAUAUACCUCUGUCCACAUAGUAAACUUUCCGCAACACCUUGUGCUUAACACUACUGCUCCGCCAAGCAAGGAAUUUGUUACCCCAUGUGGCUACAUGUCCACAGAUCAAGUGAACAAAGUGAUGUUAUGAGACAUAUGUGUUUCCUUUUCAAAUUGUACUCAACCAAAACAAAAAACAAAAAAAAUUGUCUAUGAGCUUUUAUAUGUGUUUUAUCGUGUUAUAGCUGAAACUAAUAUAUUCAAUGUAAAAACAGAAAUGCCAGAAUGUUUUAUCAAAUUAUUUCAUUUUUGUAAUAAAUUGUAGCAUAGGGUAGCUUGUUUUUAUUAGUUACUGUUAGCUACUCAUCGUAUGGCAGCAGCCAGGUUUAGGUAAGUUCUUAAAUCUAUGGUUCCCAUGGGUUCGUGUAAGUUUGCGUCUCUGCAACACUCUCAGAGAUUUCUUGUCAUCACGUCAAAGCGGUUGUCGAAAAAAUGGACAACUCCCGGCUACGUAGGCACAGUCCCUGAAGUAGCCCUGAGUGGAACUCCUACUAUUAUGUGUAUGGGGCCAUGCUGUACCCAGCGUGUCUGGAUACGAGAUUUAAUUGUCUAUCUGUCUUGCUAUGCUCUUAAGCACAGACAGGAGUCGCGACCUUUGUAACUUACUGCCACAUACAAAGCAGGGCCAUAGCAGCGGUUGUCCAAACACGGACAAUCAUUUGAAGUGUUGGAUUUUUCUGUUCCAUUAAAUCAGGGUUUACAGAAUGAUGGAAAAUACAGUUGUCAUUCUCAUGACGCACUUUGCCUGUUAUUGAAUUUAGGGUUUAAUACAAAAAGAAUGUGAACAGACUAGGUUUGUUAAGAAUAAAAAAAACAUAAAAAUGGAUAUAUUUUCUCUUAAGAUUUUAAGGCAUGAAUUAUGUUAUGUAAGGCUGCAUGUUUUAUAGGCUGUGUCACAUGACCAUUGCGCAUAUGUAGCCCCUGUUUUUCUAGGGAUCAGCCCAUACCCCAAAAAUUCUAUUUAGCAUCUUUUUAUUAACAAUCGGAAGCUUAUGACUUCUAAUCACUGUGCUCUCUGUAUAUAUAAACAGAUACAAAAUAUAGACAUUUCUAUUUUCCUAGUGAAUAAAUGACGUACAGUCAAACCCAUUUUUCAAGUCCUAUUUCUUCUGGCUUUUAGAAUUUUCAUAGCCCGUUUAGCAAGUUGCUGUAUCAAGCGAUGAAAAGAGUGGAGGCAGCUUCAGGGUAGCAUUUAUCAAGUACAUGCUAUGAAAUGAUAAGCUGAUGGCUGCUACAGGCAACCUAUCCACUGGUCCACAUGUAGUUAUGUCAACAGAGAAGUCAAUAUGGAAAUGUCAUAUUUCUUUAAUUUCUCCAAAUCCCAUCCCUACCGAUAAUGUGAUGAUUUGCAAGUUAUCUUAACUAUUCAGCUACCCUCUGGCAAAAAAAAUCAGCAAGUCAUUUCUAACCUAUGUACUUAUGUGCUGAAGCUGCAAGCUGACAUAUAGAUCACAUACAGUCUAGUUUUGUAAUUGAUAACAGUCUGAGAUCUCACGGUCUAUCCCUGUUACUGAAAGAGACUACCAGGUAUCACUGUUUGGACUUUAUAAUGAUGAUGUUUACCGUAAAGCACAACAGAAACAUUAAAUAACAUGGUUUAUUACAAAUCAACUUAUUAUGAAUCAAAAGAUAUGUUAAAAAUUAAAUUGGAAGAUAAGGGGGAUAUCCUAUAAGCUGCGACAUUGUGGUUUGGUGAUAAAUUAUCGCAAAUUCAGUGUCCUAUUAGCGGCGAUAAGUUACCGCUGAUUAGACUCCAUAGGGUUUAUUUCUCUUCACCAUCUCUGAGCUAGUGAUAUGCAGUGCAAAAUCCCUAUUUUAAGAUAAAAAUGUUGGGAUUUGUUCAGAACUCCUGGGACCCCCCUCUCCCCCCCAAAGAUGAAUUAGGCACUUAAAAGUUUUUAAUUAUUUAUAAUUAGCCAAUAAUGACAUGUCAUUUUUGGGGUCAAAAAAUGCAAAGUGAUGGAAAUUUGUUUUUAUGAGUGGGAAGAGUGUUUUAGACUUGCAGGUGGGAGUAAUCUGUCCGUUUCUACUUUUUUUUCUAAGUCCUCUAAAAUGAACCAAAUAUAUACGUAUACGCAUUUUUUGUACCCCAGAAUUUGAGAGUACCUAUUUUGUGGGAAAAAAAUAGCUUUCUAUCAUUUUUCAGCAUUUUUUUUUUAAAUGCAUGUAACAGCCAUUUGACCUGAUUUAAUGACACCGAUUAGUUAUAUUAUGGCAACUAAUAGACUUCUAUAAUGUUUUCCAAUAUUAGUUUGUCAUUUUGGGGGGUACAGGCACAUUUUCCCACUUCUUCCUAUGCAUUUGCCAACUAGAAUUAUCGCUCUAUUGCCGUUAUCGCCGAUUUGGAAUAGGAUAGGUGUGAUAAACGGUAGAGUGCAGACUGCGAUAUCCUGAUUUUUCGGGUGGUAGGUGCGAUUACAUUAGCUGUGAUCGCGUAUUGCAUUAUCGCGGUUAAUAAAAUACCCCCUAAGAGUUAAAAAUUAUUAGGUAUCUAUUUUAUUGCAUUACAUAUUAUGCCAUUUCAAACAGUAUUGGUUAAUUCUGGAGUGUAUAGUAUUUGGGACAUAUAGAUAAAAGGGGUGUGGUACAAAAUGUCAGGAUGCCGACACCAGAAUAUGUCAACAUUGUCAUAAUAUUUUCAUACUGUUAUAACCCUAACAGCAGCCUAACACUAAAUCUAACCAUAAGUGUAAACUCUAAACCUGUAAUGUUGACACUGCGACUGUCGACAAUCACAAUGUCAACGUAAUUGCCAUGUCGACAUUCAGACCAUGUCGGCAUUCUGGAUGUCAACAUAAUGACCACGUACCAGAGAAGAGAGCACUAAAAAGAGCGAGGCAAGUAGUGACCAGCACUUUUUCAGUCUGCAUCUCGUUUUCUCAUUUCUUAGGGAUUGCUUUUGCACAAUUUGUAUCUUCGCUAAACUUGACACCUGGGCCAAAUAUUUUUCAAUAUCAGAAAUGACUGCCAAUUACCCACUGACGCUAUAAAUCAUGCUUUCAUUAAUGUGCCAGUGAAAGCAUCCACACGGGUAUUGGGUUGGACCCUCUUGGUUCCAAUGACGCCCAUACCCACCUGUGCAUGCGUUUGCGGUAUUAAGCGGCAUUGACUCGCAAAUGUCUGUCGCCACCUGCUCUAUACACAGAAGUGAGGACAGUGACCGCAGGGGUUGCACACCUCAUGUUGCCUGCGAGCGCAUGUUCUCAAAACGCAUUGUCACUGGCGGUUUGUUAACGUCAGUGGGUCAACGGCCAAACACUACAUUGAAUAUGCAGGUUAUGGGGUGGUCUUCAGUAUGCCGCCGGCCGGGAUCCCGGCGACCAGCAUACUGGCGCCGGAUCCUGACCGCCGGCAUGCCGACACACAUUCUCCCUCUUGGGGGUCCACGACCCUCCCGAAAGGGGCUCAUUAGCGCUCACCCAGCUGUCGGUAUGCCGGCAGUCGGGAUCUCGGCACCGGUAUGCUGGCCCCGGGAUCCCGGCCGCCGGCCACUCAUACUACACCCCAGUGUACUUUGUAAGACACACAAAUGCGCAGGGAAUUUAGUUACAUGUUUACUAUUGUUUGUAAUAUAUUUUAAUUGGGAGUAAAGUAUGUUUCCUUUUCCAUUCCUGCUAGUUUGGGGAAGGUCUGGGAAAUGUGACUUGUCAGUAUAGUAGAAUGGUUGUGUACAUUUAUUUCAGUUACUAGAUAAGUAUUAAGUGCAGGUGUGGCGUAGCUGACACUACUGCAGUGUUUAACGUGAAAGGCAAUGCAAAGAAAGCCAGUGAAUUUUAUAUUGCGGGUAAGUGACUGUCACUAUGCUGGUACUACAGUUCCCAUCACCACUGGUCUACGCCAAUGUAACAUGCCUCGCAACGGAGACAGCUAUUGUGUGGGUUGAACAUGCAGCCCAUUAAUUCACCCGUGCCUCAAGGAUAUUAGUCAGGCCAGCUGAUUGUUAGUCAUUAAGUGCCUCAGUGAUGUCUCUAGUGAAGUGAAUGUGUGUUAGCCCACAACAUGUUCCAUUAUAGAUGGCUUGCUGCCACAGUGCAGGAGUAGGGUGGGAACUGUAGUCCAUAAAUAUGUGGAAUGCCAGGUCCAGCUAUGCCACCAUUGGAAAUGCAUUACAAAAAGGAGAAUCAUGCUUUAAUUAUAUUAGGUUAACCAGCAUUAUGUGCCACGUGAGCUGAUACAAUGUAUGUAUAUGAGAAGUUACUCAAUACAAUUCAGCCAGCAUUAGAAGUUACCUAAUAUAUAUAUAUAUAUACUGUAUAUGUGUGUGUAUGAUACAAAUGUUGCCUUUAAGGAGGAAAUGGUAAAUAGCUACUAAUUUACUGCUAAGUUUAUCUUACAACUAUAUUAUUUAGUGGUAUAAUAAGAAUUAUUAAUGCUGGACACUAAUGCAUCUAUUCAAAUAAAAUGUCUCAGUGGAUGUUUUCUGCUUGUUUUCUUGUUAGAUAUCUCCUAAACACAAUAAAUCUAAAGGGAAAAAUAGCUUUGUACCUGUCACUAUCAACCACAGUAGUAAAUCAAGGCCAGAAUAAGCCACGUUUGCAGUCACUGUCACUACGGCAACGGCUGCUCAUUCUAUAGCCAAUCGAAUGUCAUGUAAGUUAUCCUGUAGUAGCCAUCAGUGGGCCAAUAAUGGAUACUUUUAUGUAUGCAUUUGGUAUUCUUGAUAAAUGGCAAACCUAUAUCCAUAGACUAGAACUAGUUUAUUUAAUUCUCUAAAAUUAUUUAUCAUUUCUUACCAGCUUCAAAACCAAAUUUGUGCUCCUAAUUUGAUCUAUUUUAAUUGCACCACCAUUUACAUUUCUUAAUAUCAUCUUGUUUUGUUCACGAACAAACACUGGAUAACAUCAGAUAACAUAAAUGUGUUUCCACAUAUUGGGGAGAGAUGGUUUCCUUCUCACUUUGACCAGUUAAAAUAAUUAUAAAUGAUAACAAAAAUGAAAGGUAAAAAGUGCAGAUUUAUUAAACACAGGUUAAUAAAUAAUAAGCUCAUUUAUUGAAUACAUUUUUUUCUUUCACUUAAAUAAUUGAAACACGUUUUAUUAGUCCUCUACCUUUAAAAACAACUUGUGCAGUACUGUUCUCUGCUUAAAUAACGUCUUUAACCCUUUAUGACCCCUUGUCCAUUUAAAUUGACAUUAUAAAAACAUUUAUUGUGUAUUGUGAUGACGUUUGCCAUUCAAAUCCCAGUGUCCAUUUAAAUGUAGGAAAAUACUGUAAAAAUGUCCCCGCAGAUGGCAUGUAAUGACCUGUAAUGGUCGCUGCGAGUUUGAAAGAUGGCUUCCCCCAAGAUAGAUUGCAGGAGGUGAGUAUCCCACUUUACAAGUGAAACAACGUUAUCGAUCAAGUGAAUUUUGGCAAAAUCGUUAUGCGAACAGUAAUUGGAGUUGCUAGCGUAUCAAAAUUCGAAAAGUAGAAUGAAUUGCAAUGUUUUGGUGUACGAGCUACAACACUAGCAAAUCAUUGUCCUUUAGGGUGGAUAUCGGGUCUACAUGACCAAACAUUAUUUUUAUUUUUCUGGGUUACUUAAAGCCUCAUUCGGUAGCGCAGAGCGUCUUUAUUUGUUUUUUCUAAACUGCGUCUUAUAUGCAGUGUAAUAGAACACACAAGCAGCUUCUGCUGAUUAAAAUGAUUUGCGGCAUUCCUAUAUUCUGUGUGUAAUCGCGGCUCUAUCUGCAUCCGAAAUGCCACGUUAGUGUUUUACAGGAAAACACUGUAAUGUGGCAUUUCGGAUGCAGAUAGAGCCGCAAUUACACACACAAUAUACAGUAGGAAUGCCAGGAAAACACUGUAACGUGGCAUUUCGGAUGCAGAUAGAGCCGUAAUUACACAGAAUAUAGGAAUGCCAGGAAAACACUCUAGUAUAGCAUUUUGUAUGCAAAUACAUUUGCAGGCGCAUGCUGCAUAUCGUUUUAAUCAACAGAAGCUGCUUGUGCAUUCUAUUAUAUUAGUUUGCGUCUAUGAUGCUUAUUCAGGAAAAAACGCGAAAAAAACCCACUUGGCGCUACCGAGUCACAUGGCACUCACGCGUUGUGUAACGCGACUUGUAGCACACAGAGCAAAUAUGUAAGAUGUGCAGUUAAAAAUAAAAAAAGACAACAAAUAGCAACUAACAAGACAUAAAUGUGUACAAUUCUCAAUAGCUAAUCUUCAAAAUCAUAAAUAUAAAGAUAUAAUUGUAAAUUACCAGAAAGGAAUGUUAUCAUAAUUAGUAUAAAAUAACAAGCAAGAAAACAACCUUUGAGCAUUUCUCCUGCAUAGAUCAUCAUAGAAAAUAUGUAUUGCAUUUUUUUUUUAAAUAAACAAAGUCUCUUAGGCUAUCUAAGGUUUCCUAGCCAAAAAUAGCUAAAUACCUCAGUCAAUUUCUGAAUGUCAGUUUGGUACUUUUCUGGUUACACAAGCCAUUAUAAGCCAUUACAAUGUACAGUAUAUUUCAAUUUAUAUUUGAUGUUCAUCAUUGUUAUAUCUGUGCUCUUUUUUUUCUUUCAAACUUAAAUAAAUUUAUUUUCUUGAAAAUGUA